AUUUCACAACACAUUUCAUAAUGCUUUUAUAACCUGCAGCUUUAAAUAAAGAGACUGCGCAUCACACCGUCACACUACAGGACGGCUUUCUUCUCCAAAAUGAAUUACAUAGUAGGAGCAAUUGUGUUGCUGUUGUCAUUCACAGCAGAUGCCAGAGUUGGAAACUCCAGCGAACCCACAUCCUACUGCACAGAGACCCCAGAGUGUCUGCUGUUUGAUCUGACCUGUAAGGGAGAGGAAUAUGAGGUGCGUCAUUAUGAGGCUACGAAAUGGGUGACCACGGACAUACAGUCCAUGUCUACGGACUUUGCCAAAUUUAAAGGUUUCAGGAAACUUUACAAGUACAUCACAGGUGAAAAUGAAGCAGGUGUUAAUAUUGACAUGACAGCCCCGGUCAUCCUUAAAGUCAAAGAGGAAAUAUCUUUGCUGGAAAAAUCAGUCUACAGUCUCAGCUUCCUGUUGCCUUCUGCCUACCAGAAACAAGCUCCCCAGCCAACUGACAGCACUGUGUACUUCACGGACAUGCCGGAUACUAACGUAUACGUUAAGAGCUUUGGAGGCUGGAGUGUAUCAGUAGUAGCUAAAAUCUAUGCUAACAAGCUGAAAGAAGCACUCGACAAAGCUCAAGCCACUUAUAACACAGACUACCACUACGAUGUUGGCUAUAACAGCCCAAUGAAACUGAUGGACAGACAUAAUGAGGUGUGGUAUGAGGCCAAGGGAGUACCCGUAUGUCCACCUGUUGAGUAACAGAGCUUGUCUCCUUCAUUUACAGCAUGUUUGAGGAAACAUACUGACGAACCUGAAGAUCAUUGAAGAGCAAGAAGUUUCUUCUGUACUUUUUGUUGAAACCCUUUAUUAUUAUAUCAGUAAUAUUCCAAAUGUAAUAUUGGCAUUAAAUUCAUUUUUAUUCA